AUGGAUGAAUACAAACGACGUAUCCCUUAUCUCUUUAGGUUAAAUCAACAUGUCAUUGUUCUUAGUUCAAAUCUCUUGGGGACCGUAAGAUACCUUGAAUUAGACAUAAAAGGUGCAGGAAAAAAUAAUAGAUAUCUUCAGGGUAUUCAAUAUUUUACUUGUCCUUUAAAUACAGGUCUUUUUGUUUUAGCAUCAAAGUUAAAGCCAGUUGAAGAAAAAGAAGAAACGAAAUCAAAUAAAUCUUUAUUACAACCAACAAGACGUAGAGGGAAUAGAAAGGUAGUAACUCGGACAAUCACAAAAGAAUCCAUACAACAAGAUCUAUCAGAAACAACAGCAAUAACAACUCAUUUAACUCGAAGGAACAAGUCUACACAAAAACACUCAUCAUCAUCAUCUUCUUCUUCUUUAUUAGCUAAUAAAGAAGAAACACAUUAUAUAAAAAAAAAAAUAAAGAAAAAACCAAUUCCCUUGCGUCGAAAACAAUUCUCUUCAGAUAAUAAUUCAUCUUUACUACAACAGAGAUUAAACUCAUGUAAUAAUAAUAAUAAUAAUUUACAUGAAAAGGAGGAAAGUUUCAACAACUCAACUAGAAUUACAACAGAGGGUCAACAAGUUAGAUAG